AUGGAUGGUGAUUUGAGUUCAGACGAGGCUGUCAGUCAUUUCUUGGGCAGAGAGACCGAUGAGCUCAGCAAUAUAAUCAAUUCAGCGAACGAACCAAGAGAACCCUACGAUGACGAGAAAGUGCCCCCUCGUGAGGAAGAUAACAACGGGAACUUAUACAAUUCUGGGAGCGAUGCGUCUACUACGGAUACAUCCGGAACGAAUGCAUCCAGUCUCGAAAGUUAUCGUCAAGAGGCGGAAAAUCAAGCGUCAAAGCAACGCCGUGGGAGCUCUGGUACGAUUGAAGAUAGGACUUCCGGUUUACCCAGUGUAAUGAGGACCGCUACAAACUACUGGUCUCCUAGAAUGAAGCAUCAAAGAAGAAAAGUCAUCUUCCAUUUCUUCAGAAUUAACGCGAUUCUGGCACUUUUUUGCUUCACAGUGUUUGUGAUCUUCUGGGGGGCAUCAUACAAUACUAAAUCGUAUUUCCAUAAGAUAAACUUCCUGGCUGUAAUACAGGAAGAUACUUUGGGUACGAAUAUGACGGACAUCGUACCUUUAACUUCAAUAUUGCCCGCACUUUUAAGGAGAGUGCCCGGCCAUUGGCAUGUGCUGAACGACACCCAAUUUAAGAUCAUCCACAGUGCUCAAACCCCAGAGCAGAUUAACGAAAAAGUUAUCGACCUAAUCUACGACGAGGUAUUUUGGGUCGCAGUGAACGUGAAGCCGAAUGUAACCCAGGCAUUGUAUAACUCCUUAACAUCCCAAGAAGAGGCCCCCUUCAAUGCAACAAAUUACUUCCAGUACGUGUUUGAAAGCGCGAGAGACCCUUCGAACGUGAAGAGUGUCAUAUUCCCAGUAGCACAGGGGUUGGAGACUAUGCUCCAGCAAGUUUAUGCCCUCGAAUACCUGCCAUCACUAGCAAGGAAUAUAAGUGCCAACACUUUGAAUAUAGAGAACCUGGCGUCUGCGGGGAAACUCAACUUUGAGUACUUGGAUUAUAGACCUUUUGCAGACAGGCUGCUGAUGACUGUCACGCAGCUUGGCUGUGUCUAUGCCAUUGUCUUAACUUGUUUCCAGUUUCUGGUCUACAGUCCUUUGCAUCUAGAGAUGUCAGCUCUUUUAAAACGUAGAGAUAGCGCUUACUAUCGAAUAGCCAUUUCCUUUCUGACACACUUCUUUGCGUCUCUGUUCGUUUGUACCGUUUCCGCCAUUUAUCAGGUUGAUUUCACGAAGGCGUUUGGCAGAGGAGGAUUUGUCAUCUUUUGGAUGACUACGUGGUUGUUCAUGUGGUCCGUAGGUGGUGCUAAUGAGAAUGUGAUGUGUUUAAUAUUUGCCGGGGGACCACAGUACAUUGGAUUUUGGAUUCUAGGGUUUGUUUUAAUAAAUAUAUCCCCCACUUUUUUCCCAUUGGUUCUCAACAACGCAUUUUACAGGUACGGGUACAUGAUGCCACUACACAACGUCGUGAGCAUAUAUCGUGUGAUAUUUUUUGAUUUAUCUCGCGGGAAAAUGGGCAGAAACUACGGUAUUUUAGCUGCUUGGGUAGUGUUGAACACUAUCUUGCUACCAUUUGAUUUGAAACUAACCAGGUACCUUAUUAGGAGAAGACGGAGGAAGGAAGUUGAAGCAGAGGCUUCUACAAGUUGA